AAGUAACAGUGAAGAUGAAGAUUCUCUCAUUCUGCCACAGCUCCAGAGCCAGCUCCCCUCUGCUUGGUUUUAUUGUUUUCUUCCUUACUUUUUAUGUUCACAAGACGGAAUCAGCAAAAUUCACAGUGAUUGGACACCAGGACCCUAUCACUGCCAUCGUGGGUCAGGAAGCUGUGUUACCCUGUCGCCUUUCGCCCCCGAUAAGCGCUGCAGACAUGGAGGUGAGAUGGUUCCGAUCUCAGUUUGUAUCCAUUGUGCACCUGUACCGUGAUGGGAAGGAUCAGUAUGUAGGGCAGAUGCCAGAGUAUCGAGGAAGGACAGAGCUUUUGAAAGCCGGACUCACAGAUGGGAGUGUUCCCUUGAGGAUUCUCAAUAUCAGACGUUCUGAUGAAGGACAAUACCACUGCUUUGUUGAAGACGAUACUUUUUACAAAGAAACCAUAUUGGAACUGCAAGUGGCAGGUCUGGGCUCUGCUCCUCUCAUCUCUGUUGAGGGUCAUCAGGAUGGAGGGAUCCGGGUGGUUUGUCGAUCAUCUGGUUGGUAUCCAGAGCCCAAGGUGCUAUGGAAAGAUCUCAGUGGGCGACAUUUACCAUCACUCUCUGAAACAACAUCCCAAGGGGAUAACAACCUGUUUGAAACAGAAACUGCGAUUGUUGUGAAAAAACAUUCUAACCAAAACUUGUCCUGUUGCAUCAGGAACACCGUUCUCAAUCAAGAAAAGGAAUCAGCAGUUUAUAUAGCAGAUCCAUUUUUCCCAAGGGUGGAUCCCUGGAUGGUGGCUCUGAGUGUGAUCCUGGUGGUUUUGUUUGGUUUCACUGGCUUCACUGUUUGUCUCUUUAAAAUGAAAGGGAAACUUACUGAAGAAGUUGGGAAACAAAAUAUAGAAAUUGAAAUUGGGAAACUUACUGCAGCACUUGGGUGGAGAAGAUCUGUAGAAGAAGUGAAUGUGACUCUGGAUCCAGACACGGCUCAUCCCCAACUCGUCCUGUCUGAGGAUCGGAAAAGUGUGAUUUGUGGAUACACACGGCAGGAUCUGCCCAACAACCCUGAGAGAUUUGAUUCUGGUCUCUGUGUGCUGGGCUGUGAGGGAUUCACCUCGGGGAGACAUUGCUGGGAGGUGGAGGUGGGCUAUGGGCAAUGCUGGUCUGGGGGCGUGGCCAGAGAGUCUGUGGGGAGGAAGGGACAGAUCACUCAUAACCCUGAGAUGGGGAUCUGGGCUGUGCAGCAGUGGCUGGGUCAGUUCCGGGCUCUCACCUCCCCUGUGACUCACCUGCCCCUGAGCCGGGUCCCCAGCAGGAUCCGGGUUUAUCUGGACUGUGACCGGGGGCAGGUGACAUUUAUCGAUGCUGGUGACAAAACCCCGAUCUUCACUUUCCCGCCGGGCUCCGUCCCUGGGGAGAGAAUCCGACCCUGGCUCUGGGUGGGGCCGGGAUCCCGGCUCAGACUGUGUCCCUGAGGUGGCGGGGGGGAUACCCCACGGGAGCCCUCAAAUCAGCCUCUCUAGCCUCACACAUCCCAGUCUAUAUGGCCUGGAGGACUCCUGUCUACCCAAACCUCUGGCCUCUUAACUCUGUGACCCCCUGGAAGCUCC